AUGUUGCCAUACCAACUCUGCUUAGGUACGCGCUGUGGUAUAUUCUGCGAGAGACCCACUUGGCAUCAAGUUUCAAGGAGACUGGAAGGAGUUUCUUUGCAUUCAAAGCCAGACGGACGGCGAGGAUUUGACUCCGGCAGACUCCGGCCUGGACAAGAAGGAGUCGAAGGCAGCAGACCUCAUGCUGGAGGACUGAAAGUAGCAGAGCAACGUCUCCAGUCUCCACCGGCUACAGCACCUACUGUCGUUAAUGCCAUCGAAAAGUCACCUGCGCAGAAUGCGAGGUCUGGCCACGACGGCCAAGGGUCGAGCACGAUGAGCACCUUGUGGGGAAAGGCUCAAGAGGUCAGCGAUAAGCAUAGCGCAGCGAGAGCAAUUCACUAG